AAUCUUUAUUUUCCGCACUUUUGGCGACCCUCUUCUGCUAAGCAUCCUUCAUCCUUUGCAACUGAUGACAUUGCGAUGUGCGCACGCGCUGUCACUUUUCUGCUCUAGGCGGCUGGUGCAUCAUUUUUCAUGAACCGCCUGGACUGGUCACAGGAAUGCGCCGCACUACGAGAAGUCACGCGCCAGCAAAUGAAUUUGUGCACUCAAGACAGUGUUCAUGAGCAUCGAGUGCGAUGCGAAGCUCGUGUCAGGUACUUCGUACUCAACACUUACCCCGCAGUGCUGCUGGCGAUGCUGUCACCAUCUCCGCCUCCACGCUGCUAUUUCCGAGGUCUGACAAUAGCACCUUUAUAUGAUAUGGCGCUCUUGCUGUUAAAAUCAAAACACUGUUGCACGGGUGGCUGAUAAGCUUACUCUCUCCGAUUCAUCAAGUCAUCAACAUUUCGACAUGGGCAUCCAGUCAGAUCCACCAAAAUCACUGUACGCAGCCCCUGGCAAUGCUGCUGACGAGAACAUAAAAGUCCGCGACCAACUCCCUCCAGAAACGGACCAAAAUGGCUACCGGAUCAAUGAGCAACCCAUGGGCACGAAGAGGAAGGUCAAAGUCAUCCUCAUGGGCGCAGGUGCAUCGUCCCUAAACUUCUUCAAGAAGGCUGAGGAAGAGAUGGAGGGCCUGGAAAUGGUGUGCUACGAGAAGAACCGCGACGUUGGUGGUACGUGGCUCGAAAACCGGUAUCCUGGAUGUGCUUGCGAUAUUCCAUCCGUCAACUACCAAUUCUCAUGGAAGAUCAAGCUCUGGUCGCAUUAUUAUUCGUAUUCUCCUGAAAUAUGGGAAUAUCUGAAGUCGAUCGAGCGCGAAAACGACUUUAUUGCCAAAUAUAUUAAGCUGCGGCACCGCUUAGAGCAUGUCGAGUGGGAUGGUGCAGCUGGUCUGUGGCGGUGUCGAGUUCGUGAUUUGGAAAAAGACGUCGUGUUUGAAGACAGUGCCGAGUUCUUCAUCAACGCCGGAGGCGUACUGAACAACUGGAAGUGGCCAGAGAUACCAGGUUUGAAAGACUUCAAAGGCAAGCUCAUGCACUCUGCCAAUUACGAAGAAGGAUACGAACUCUCCAACAAGCGAGUAGCGGUUAUUGGUGCUGGGAGCUCGGGCGUGCAGAUUGUCGCGGCCAUACAGCAAAAGGUUCAGCAUCUUUACCAUUGGGUACGAUCUCCGAUAUGGAUUACCGCAGGCUUCGCACAAACCUGGGCAGGAAAGAACGGAGCAAAUUUCCGAUAUAGCAGGGAACAGCUCAAAUACCUCGAAGAGAACCCCAAGAAAUAUCUCGAAUACCGCAAGCAGAUUGAAAACGAGCUCAAUCAGCGCUUCAAAUUCAUCAUCAAAGGUAGCGAAGAAGCCCGUCUAGCCCGCGAAUACGCAGACACGGAGAUGCGCAACAAACUCAACAACGACUCCCGUCUCGUCGAGAAAAUGAUACCCAAGAACUUCAAUCCAGGGUGUCGUCGUCCCACACCAGCACCAGGGUAUCUUGAAGCGCUCGUUGCACCCAAUGCAACCAUCUUCACCGAUCCAAUCGGCUCCAUAACAGCUAAUGGCUUUACGGACCUCGAAGGUACCCACCACCCUGUCGAUGUAAUAAUCUGCGCGACCGGCUUCGACACCUCCUGGCUCCCGCGCUUUCCUUUCAUAGCCAAUGGUCAUGAUCUCCGCGAUCUCUGGAGUCCCGAGAAAGGCGUGACAUCUUACCUGAGCGUUGGGAUUCCCACAUUUCCCAACACGUUUUCUUUCUGCGGCCCAUAUGGCCCUCUAGGUCACGGUUCCUUCAUGCCGUUGAUCGAACAAUGGACCCGCUACAUUUUCUCCGCCAUUACAAAAUUUCAGGUCGAGAACAUCAAGUCCCUCACACCUAAACUCGCACCUUCAGUCCAAUUUCGUCAACACGCUGAUCUUUUCCUACAACGCACAGCGUGGACUUCACCCUGCCGGUCGUGGUUCAAGCAAGGGAAGACGGAUGGACAAGCAGCGAUUUGGCCAGGCUCGCGACUUCACUUUUUGAAGAUGAUGGAAAGUCCGAGGUAUGAGGAUUUCGAAAUUGAGUAUUGGAAUGCGAAUAUGUGGGCUUUCAUGGGGAAUGGAUUUGAAGUGAGAGAGUUUGAUGGGAGAGAUAUUACGGAUUACCUGGGAAAUCUGGAUGAGGAGGGGAGGGAUGUGCAGCCAGACUAUGAUGAGGGAUUGAAGAAUAUACUAGGCGGAUUUACGUUAGGUGAAGAGUAUGUUGUGAAAGGUGGGUAGUCUGGUUGGGUAUCUACUCAUUCAGGUAUGCAUCGUGAGUUCUUCUUCAGACUGUUGCACUGUUUUGACGUCCUUCUCCUCUUUCUGACAUCGAGUUCAUUCAUGAUCGAUCAUUCUUGGCCUGAUGAUACUCGUAGUCCCUGAUGUGUAUCAUGCUAGGGUCAAGAAGAUUCCUGGUGCUCGCUCUGCUCAGAUCCUUUUUUCUAACGCCGUCCUCUUGUCGACUCCAGUUACAACACAAGGUUUGAGAGGCGUUGAUAGACUGCGGCAAUUUUUCGCACUUUCAAUAUGUUGAGUCGAUACUUAUUGGAAUGGGCGCCCCAGGACAAUUGGCGUGUUUGAUGACUAUACCCCAAACACACUCCGCCUCCGCGCCCUUCAUAACCCCACAAUGCAUAACCUUGCGUGAAGGCAUUCGUC